GAACACAAUCAUGUCGUGAGCGAAGCGGCACAUCACCUGGACGGGACAGACCCAGCCACCGCGUCUGGUCCACGACGAGGCGGUCAAGAUGGUGAAGAGGAAGAGCUUGGAUGACUCCGACCAGGAGUGUGGAAAUGGAAUACCGUUCCCUAUCCAGACCUUCCUGUGGAGGCAGACUAGCGCGUUUCUGCGACCAAAGUUGGGGAAACAGUAUGAGGCUUCGUGUGUGUCCUUUGAGCGCGUGCUGGUGGAGAACAAGCUGCACGGGCUCUCUCCCUCCCUGUCUGAGGCUAUCCAGAGCAUCUCGCGCUGGGAACUGGUCCAGGCAGCCCUCCCCCACGUGCUCCACUGCACCUCCAUCCUGCUGUCCAACAGGAACAAGCUGGGUCACCAGGACAAGCUGGGCGUGGCGGAGACCAAGCUUCUGUACACCCUGCACUGGAUGCUUCUGGAGGCCGCGCAGGAGUGCCACGAGCCCAGCCUGGGCCAGGGCUGGUCCGGAAGCAGCAGCGCCUUCCUCCAGCCUCUAGGCAACCAGGGCUCCCCCCCGGGCCCAGGGUCGGGCUCCGGGUCUGGGACGGGCUCGGGCCUCGGCCCCCGGCUCGGAGGCUCUCUGGAGGAGGAUGAGCACGCUCGCUCUAAGCUCUUCUACAAGAGCAUGGCCACCGUGGAGCUGUUUGUGUUCCUCUUCGCUCCGCUUAUCCAUCGCAUCAAGGAAUCUGAUCUGACCUUCCGAUUGGCCAGCGGGCUUGUCAUCUGGCAGCCAAUGUGGGAGCACCGUCAGCCGGAUGUUCCCGCCUUCUCUGCCCUCAUCAAGCCAGUGAGAAACAUAGUGACAGCGAAAAGGAAUUCUCCCAUGAACAACCAGCGCAGCCCCUGUGGACCCAGGAACCCUGGCCCCAUGGGAUUCCAGGUAGUUUGUGAAACCACCCAAUCAGAUUCAUCCUCUCCAGGUGCCGGAGAGCAGAGAUGUCGCCGCGGCAACUCUGUGGAGAAAGGCGGGCCCUCACAACAGCCGCCUCUGCUCAAAGGCGUCUCCAAAAAGAAGACCUCAGCCCCCUCCGGCCUCCCCGUCUCCCUGGCCCAGCGCGCCCGCUACGCCACCUACUUCGACGUGGCCGUGCUGCGCUGCCUGCUGCAGCCCCAUUGGACGGAGGAGGGCGUCCACUGGGCCCUGAUGUUCUACCUCCAGCGCCUGCGGCAGAUCCUGGACGAGAGGCCGGAGCGCCCGCCCGAGCCCCUGGCCACGCCCCUGCCACGCCCCCGCAGCAGCUCCAUGGUGGCCGUCGCCCCCUCCCUGGUGAACACUCACAAGACGCAGGACAUGAGCCUGAAGUGUAACGAGGAGGGAACAUCUCUGAGCUCCGAGACGUUUGCCAAGGUCUCUCUGACCAACCUGCGCAGGCAGGCUGUCCCCGACCUCUCCUCCGACCUGGGCAAGAACCUCUUCAAAAAGUUUAAGACCCGGAGGGAGGACCGAGAGAGGAAGGGCUCCAUCCCGUUCCACCACACAGGGAAGAAGCGUCAGCGUCGCAUGGGGGUCCCCUUCCUGCUCCACGAGGACCACCUGGACGUGUCUCCCACGCGCAGCACCUUCUCCUUCGGAAGCUUCUCGGGCCUGGGAGACGACCGCCGUGCCCUGGAGCGAGGCGGCUGGCAGGCCACCAUCAUGGGCAAGUUCACGAGGAGGGGGAGCUCGGACACGGCGGCUGACGUGGACAGUUUGAGCGCCAAACACUCCCACUCCCAUCACUCCCUGAUGCGAGACGCGCCCGAUCACGCCAACAGCCACAGCGACAACACGGUCCGAGAGGGAGUGCGUUCCCAGAUCUCCACCAUCACCAUGGCGACGUUCAACACCACGGUGGCGUCCUUCAACGUGGGCUACGCCGACUUCUUCACGGAGCACAUGAAGAAGCUGUGUAACCCGGCGCCCAUCCCCGAGACGCCCAACGAGCCGCUGGCGUGCGCCAACCUGCCGCGCAGCUUCACAGACUCCUGCAUCAACUACUCCAGCAUGGAGGACAGAGAGAACAUCGAGGGAACUAACAACUUCAUCCUGAAGAACGGCAUGCUGGACCUCUCUGCGGUGCUGCGUGCGCUCCACGCCGUCCUCGCCCACGACAUCAGCUCCAGGAUCUGCGACGUGUCCCUCAACAUCAUCGACUGCCUGCUCCAGCUGGGUGUGGUGCCCGGCAUGGGCAAGACGCCCUCCAAGCCCGACGACAAGGAGAACGAAGAGACACGCCCCAAAGACGGGACCAACCAGGGCCCGGUGGGGGCCCAGGGGGGCGUGGCCGGGGGGACGGGGGCCUCAGCGCCGGGGGGAGGGGGGGGAGGAGGGGGAGACGAUGGAGGGGGAGGAGGUGGUGGGAGUGGAGGCGGAAGCGGGGCCGGAAGCAAGGACGAUAUCAAGAACAACAAGGAGAAAAACAGCAAGGAGGAGAGCUCCAGCCUCAGUUCCCACAGACUGGCCCUGACCAUGCUCAUCAAGAUCGUCAAGUCUCUGGGCUGUGCAUACGGCUGUGGGGAGGGCCACCGCGGCCUGUCUGGAGACCGGCUACGCACGCAGGCCCAGAACUGUCUGACCAACCUGUACAAGCUGGACAAGCCUCAGUUCCGGCAGACCAUGAGGGACUACGUCAACAGAGACUCUCUCAACAACAUCGUGGACUUCCUGCACGCGCUCCUGGGCUUCUGCAUGGAGCCCAUCACUGACAAGUACGGCAGUGCAGGUGACAGGUCCCGGAGGGGCAAUAAGAGAAACCUGGACAAGGCUGGGUUUGGGAACAACUUCACCACGGGGGACAACAAGUCCCUGGCCCAGAACAUGGAGGCCGUGGUGGUGGGCUGCAUGUUCAAGUCUCUGAUCACGCGCUGCUCGUCCACCACCCACGAGCUGCACAGCCCCGAGAACCUGGGCCUGUACUGUGACAUCCGCCAGCUGGUGCAGUUCAUCAAGGAAUCCCAUGGCAACGUGUUCCGCAGGGUGGCACUGAGCGCGCUCCUGGACAGCGCGGAGAAGGUCACCAGCACCAAGAAGCCCGAGGAGAAGGAGGAGCCUAAGCCCCACGUGCCAAAGAGGUCAGAGGCAGGGUCCUCAGGAGAGAAGGGACUGGUGUCCACCACUGCAGACGAGUGUCGCAGCCUCAUCUCCAGUAGACCCCCACAGACACCAGAACAUGAGGAGCAGGUCCCAGGGGCUCUUCUGGGCAGGAAGGACUUCUGGAGGAAGAUGUUCAAGUCCCAGAGCGCCGCCAGCGACACCAGCAGCCAAUCAGAGCAGGACACGUCAGAGUGUACCACCGCUCACUCGGGCACCACCACCGACAGACGCUCGCGCUCGCGCUCGCGCCGCAUCUCCCUCAGGAAGAAACUCAAGCUGCCCAUCGGUAACUGGCUGAAGCGGUCGUCCCUGUCAGGCCUGGCUGAUGGGGUGGAGGACCUGCUGGACAUCAGCUCUGUGGACCGCCUCUCCUUCAUACGCCAGAGCUCUAAGGUGAAGUUCACCAGUGCUGUGAAGCUGUCUGAGGGGGGCACUGUAGAGUACGGCCGUGACGAGGAGGAGAACUUCUUCAAGCGGCUGGGUAAAUGGAGAUCUGGCCGGAGGAACCCGUCCAAGCUCCACCACACAGAAGAGAAAGAUGGGCCUCACGGGUUCCAGGAGCGCCUGGCGGCGAGCCAGGAAGCCAUGAAGAACAAGAACGUGGUGAACCUGGGCGCCAUCCGCCAGGGCAUGAAGCGCUUCCAGUUCCUGCUGAACUGCUGCGAGCCGGGAACCAUCCCUGACGCCUCCAUCCUGGCUGCCGCCCUCGACCUGGAAGCUCCUGUGGUGGCCAGGGCCUCGCUGUUCCUGGAGUGCGCCCGCUUCGUCCACCGCUGUAACCGCGGCAACUGGCCAGAGUGGAUGAAGGGUCACCACGUGAACAUCACAAAGCGAGGGCUGUCCCGUGGACGUUCUCCGGUGGUGGGGAACAAGAGGAACCAGAAGCUGCAGUGGAACGCUGCUCAGCACUUCUGCCAGUGGGGAGACGCCAUCGGUACGAGGUUGAGUGAGCUGUGUCACUCCGACAGCGAGAGCCCUGCCAACAUCCUGGGCUUCAUCUACGACGAGGAGACCAAGAGAAGGAUGAAGAAGGAGGAUGAGGAGGAAGACUAUUUAGACGACAACACGGUGAACCCUACAAAGUGCGGCUGUCCGUUUGCCCUCAAAAUGGCCGCCUGCCAGCUGCUGCUGGAGAUCACAACGUUCCUCAGGGAGACCUUUCCCUGCCUGCCCCGGCCGCGCACAGAGCCUCUAGUGGACCUGGACAGCUGCCGUCUGCGUCUGGACCCGGAGCUGGGACGUCACCGCUACGAGAGGAAGAUCAGCUUCGCAGGCAUCCUGGACGACGAGGACGGCCACGACUCGCUCAACAGCAGCAGUCACACGCUCAAGUCUGACACGGCCUGCGAAGACAAGAAAGCCCAGGAGCCCCUGGCCCCCAUCAGGAAGAUCCGUAUCGCGGGCUCCCGGCUGCUGCAGAUCAAGGGGGCCAGGAGUUUCCGUGUUAAGAAGGGGGGGUCUCUGUCCUCCAUCCGGCGUGCGGGGAGUCUGAAGAGCACCAAGAUGUCCCGGCAGGACUCUUCGUCGGAGAACGACGAGGGCCUGCUGUCCCAGAGCAGAGACACCGUCACGGACAUAGGGAGUCCCUGGAGUACCAGUGAGCCCAGCAUCGAGCCGGAGGGGCAGAGCUCUGGGGGAGCUGAGGACAACUACCACCGUAACAUGUCCUGGCUCCACAUCAUGAUCCUGCUAUGUAACCAGCAGAGCUUCAUCUGCACCCACGUAGAGUUCUGCCACCCUCGCUGCUACCAGCACCACAGCCGCUCCUGCGCCCGGCUGGUGCGCUCCGUCAAGCUGCUCUACGGAGACACGGUGGACAGUCUCCGCGACGACGGAGCCUCUGGGAACAUUGGGGCGCGCCCCAAGAAAAGCAAAGAGAGUUCCGACAAGUCGUGUCUGCGAACGCCGUCGAUGAAGAGACGACCUGCUGAGUCCAGCUCGGAGGGCAAGAAGGACACCAGCAUGCUGAAGUACAUCAGGAAUCAGGUGAUGAGCCUGUCCCCGGCCCCUCUGUCCCUGCUGAUCAAGGCAGCGACCAUCCUGACAGAUGACAUGUACGGGGACAUCCAGCCGGCCGCCUGGGAGCUGCUCCUCAGCGUGGAUGAACACAUGGCGGCUGCAGCAGCCGCCAUGUUCCUGCUGUGUGCGGUGAAAGUACCGGACGCCGUGACGGAGAUGAUGAUGGCAGAGUUUCAGCACCAGGAGGCGUGCCAGCGCAUCAACUCCGUUCACAAGUUCUACACCCUGUGGCGCUUCCGCUACCAGGUGUGGCCACGCAUGGAGGAAGGGGCACAGCAGAUCUUCAAGAUUCCUCCGCCCAGCAUCAACUUCACCCUCCCCUCUCCUAUCCUGGGCAUGCCCUGCGUGCCCAUGUUCGACCCGCCCUGGGUACCUCAGAACACGGGCAGCGUCCAAGACCCAAUCAACGAGGACCAAUCUAAGUCCUUCUCGGCGCGGGCCGUGUCCCGAUCCCACCAGCGGGCGGAGCACAUCCUGAGGAACCUGCAGCAGGAAGAGGAGAAGAGACGUCUGGGCCGCGAGGCCAGCAUCAUCACCGCCAUCCCUGUGGCUCAGGAGGCCUGCUACGAGCCUAGCUGCAGCCCCCCACCAGAGCAGGAGGAGGAAGAAGAAGUGGUGAACCUGGCGUCCCGCCGCCUGUCCGUCAGCCCGUCCUGCACCUCCAGCAACUCCCACAGGAACUACUCAUUCAGGCGCGGCUCUGUGUGGUCUGUCCGCUCCGUGGUCAGCGCUGAAGACGAGGAGAACACCACGGAACACACCCCGACCCAUCACAUGCUGCAGCCACCCCAGGCCGUCUUCCCAGCAUGCAUCUGUGCUGCCGUUUUACCCAUAGUGCACCUCAUGGAGGAUGGGGAGGUGCGAGAGGAUGGCGUGGCAGUGAGUGCAGUGGCCCAGCAGAUCCUGUGGAACUGUCUGAUUGAGGACCCCGCCCUGGUGUUGCGUCACUUCCUGGAGAAGCUGACCGUUAGCAACAGACAGGAUGAGUUGAUGUACAUGCUGAGGAAGCUGCUGCUGAACAUUGGAGAUCUCCCCGCUCAGACCUCCCACAUCCUCUUCAACUACCUGGUGGGCCUCAUCAUGUACUUUGUGCGGACGCCGUGCGAGUGGGGUAUGGACGCCAUCUCGGCCACGCUGACCUUCCUGUGGGAGGUGGUGGGCUACGUGGAGGGCCUGUUCUUCAAGGACCUGAAGCAGACCAUGAAGAAGGAGCAGUGUGAGGUCAAGCUGCUGGUGACGGCCUCCAUGCCAGGAACCAAGACCCUGGUGGUUCACGGGCAGAACGAGUGUGACAUCCCCACACAGCUGCCUGUUCAUGAAGACACCCAGUUUGAAGCCCUGCUCAAGGAGUGUCUGGAGUUCUUCAACAUUCCCGAGGCCCGUUCUGCACACUACUUCCUCAUGGACAAGCGCUGGAACCUCAUCCAUUACUCCAAGACCUACGUCAGGGACAUCUACCCCUUCAGGAGGUCUGUCUCUCCUCAGCUCAACCUGGUGCACAUGCUCCCUGAGAAGGGCCAGGAACUCAUCCAGAAACAGGUGUUUUCCCGUAAGCUGGAGGAGGUGGGCAGGGUUCUGUUCCUCAUCUCUCUGACCCAGAACAUGCCGGCGGUCCACAAGCAGUCCCACGUGUCCCUGCUCCAGGAAGACCUGCUGCGCCUGCCCUCCUUCCCCCGCACCGCCAUCGACGCCGAGUUCUCCCUCUUCAACGAGCCCCAGGGCAAGGAGCUGUUUGGGCUGGACACCCUCCACAAGGUGCUGUGGAUCAAGCUGCUGGAGGAGAUGUUCCUGGGCAUGCCAAGUGAGUAUCCCUGGGGCGACGAGAUGAUGCUCUUCCUCAGCGUAUUCAACGGCGCCCUGCUGCUGCACCCCGAGGACAGCGCCCUCCUCAGGCAGUACACCGCCACUGCCAUCAACACGGCAGUGCACUUCAACCACCUGUUCUCCCUCAGUGGCUACCAGUGGAUCCUGCCCACCAUGCUGCAGGCCUAUGCUGACUAUGAGAGCAACCCUCUGCUGCGGCAGGGGGUCGAGUUCUGCUGCAGACAGUUCUACAUCCUGCACAGGAAGCCCUUCGUCCUGCAGCUGUUCGCCAGCGUGGCCCCUCUGCUGGAGUUCACCAGCAGCACCAGUACAGGCCUGUCUAAGGGGGUGUCUGCCCAGUGUCUGUUCCACCUGCUGGUAUCCCUGGAGGGAGAGACCCAGGACGCUCUGGACGCUCUGGAGCUGGUGAAGGCUGACAAGCCCCUACGCUCUCUGGACUUCUGCUAUGGGAAUGAGGACCUGGCCUUCUCCAUCAGUGAGUCUAUCAAGCUGUGUGUGACCGUGGUAGCCUACGCCCCCGAGUCCUUUAGGAGUCUCCAGAUGCUGAUGGUGUUGGAGGCUCUGGUGCCCUGCUUCCUACAGAAACUGAAGAGGAACACCAUGUGUAUGGAGUCAGCCUCGGCCGCCCGGGACGAGAUCGCCGCUAUCGCUGCCCUGUCCACCUCCCUGCAGGCCCUGCUGUACAGCUCAGAGUCCCUCACACGGCCCAUGACGGCACCUCAGAUAAGCCGGUGUGAACAGGGACACAAGGGAGCGACCACAUCUAACCACACCAUGUCUGGAGGAGGAGCCAACAGGGACAACCUGCACCUGCUGGAGGAGGGGCAGGGGCUGCCCAGAGAGGAGCUGGACGAGCGCAUGGCUAGGGAGGAGUUCAGAAGGCCCCGGGAGUCUCUGCUCAACAUCUGCACCGAGUUCUACAAACACUGCGGCCCGCGCCUCAAGAUCCUGCAGAAUGUGGCUGGGGAGCCGCGCGUCAUCGCCCUGGAACUGCUCGACAUCAAGUCCCACAUGAGGCUGGCAGAGAUCGCCCACGCCCUGCUGAAGCUGGCGCCCUACGACACCCUGACCAUGGAGAGCCGCGGCCUGCGGCGCUACGUCACCGAGAUGCUCCCCAUCACCGAUUGGACGGCGGAGGCGGUGCGCCCCGCCCUCAUCCUCAUCCUGAAGAGGCUGGACCGCAUGUUCAACAAGAUCCACAAGAUGCCCACGCUCAGGAGGCAGGUAGAGUGGGAAGCAGCCAGCAGUCUGAUUGAGGGCAUCUGUCUGACCCUUCAGCGUCAGCCAAUCAUCUCCUUCCUUCCUCAUCUCCGCUCUCUCAUUAACGUCUGUGUUAACCUGGUGAUGGGGGUGGUGGGUCCCUCCAGCGUGGCUGAUGGCCUGCCCUUGCUCCAUCUCAGCCCCUACCUGUCCCCCCCUCUCCCCUUCAGCACGGCCGUGGUCCGCCUGGUGGCCUUACAGAUCCAGGCGCUAAAGGACGACUUCCCUCUCAGUCAUGUGAUAUCACCGUUCACCAAUCAGGAGAGACGAGAGGGCAUGCUGCUGAACCUGCUGAUUCCCUUUGUGUUGACGGUGGGCUCAGGCAGCAAAGACAGUCCUCACCUGGAGCAGCCAGAGGUGUUGCUGCUCCUGCAGACGGUCAUCAACAUCCUGCUGCCCCCACGUAUCCUCAGCACCUCUCGUACCAAAAACUUCAUGCUGGACUCGUCCCCCGCACACUGCUCCACGCCCGGGGACACCAGCAAGGACCUGCGCAGGGAGGGGCUGGCCGAGUCCACCAGCCAGGCCGCAUACCUGGCUCUAAAGGUGGUUCUGGUGUGUUUUGAGCGUCAGCUGGGCCAGCAGUGGUACCGCCUCAGCCUGCAGGUGAAGGAGAUGGCGCUGAGGAAGGUCGGGGGUCUGGCCUUCUGGGACUUCAUCGACUUCAUCGUGCGCACCAGGAUCCCCAUCUUCGUCCUGCUCAGACCCUUCAUACAGUGCAAGCUCCUGACCCAGCCAGCAGAGUCUCAGGAGGAGAUCACAGCUCGCCACCACAUCGCCGACCAGCUGGAGCGUCGCUUCAUCCCCAGGCCGCUCUGCAAGAGCUCUCUGUUCGCCGAGUUCAACAAUGAGCUGAAGAUCCUGAAGGAGGCGGUCCACAGCGGCUCAGCGUACCAGGGGAAGACGUCCAUCAGCACGGUGGGCACGUCCACGUCAGCGUACCGUCUGAGCCUAGCCACCAUGUCACGCUCCAACACGGGCACGGGCACCGUCUGGGAGCAGGAGAGCCAGCCGUCACGCCAGCCCUCCCAGGACACGCUCAGCCGCACCGACGAGGACGACGAAGAGAAUGACUCCAUGAGUAUCCCCAGUGUAGUGAGUGAGCAGGAGGCCUUCCUCCCCAAGGUUCUGGCCCAGCGUCGCUUCUCCAGUCACACCACAGAGGCCCCUCACCCCGAACACCCCCGCAGCAACAUGCUGCCCAGCCACAGUGAGCCCAAUGUGCUAGAUGAGUCCCAGGGCCUGAUGGACGAGGGUAACCUGUCUAGAGUGGCCAGUGUCCAGAGUGAACCGGGCCAGCAGAACCUGCUCCAGGCUCCGCUGGGACGCAAGAGGGGCCUCAGACAGCUGCGGCGCCCUCUGCUGUCCAUUCCGAAGAGUUCCAACGAGCCGCGUAGUCGUUCUGGAGCCAGACUGUCCACCACGCGCAGGAGCAUCCAGCCCAAGACCAAACCACUGGCCAACACGGACCAGAAGAGAUCGGUCACCUUCACGGAGACCCAGCAGCGGCAGGGGGCGGCGGCCCCCUCCAGGUCCCCCACCCCCAGCGGGGCGGGGCCACACCCUGAGAGCAGGAAGCCCAGCCCGGCCUCCACGGGGCCCCCGACUCCCACGGCCCCCGCCGCCUCUACUCCCACCCCGGGUGUAGAGGCCACGGUCAAGGCUGAUCUGCACUGCCCUGCCAACACAAAGGAGACAACCUCCCUGGACAGCAAGGAGAAGAGAGAACACCCCGCCGCUCCCCCGGCGCCCUCCCAGAUCCAGGAGAGUCCCGGGGACGAGGACACCAAGUCCCUGCUGCUCCACACGGACACCCUGCUGCACAUCAGCGAGGACAGGGGCAUGGAGAACCCCCUCCUGGCCCCCCUGCUGUCGCCCCGCCGCUCGCCACGCCGAUCGCCCCGCCCCCUGCCCCUCUCCCCCGUGGACCUGGACCUGGACGAGUCCCACGUCUGAGGCCACGCCUCCUCGGCCACGACAGGAGGCCGGCACCUGGCCUCUCCCCUGUGGGUGAGGCUGGAACCUGGCCUCUCCCCUGUGGGUGAGGCUGGAACCUGGCCUCUCCCCUGUGGGUGAGGCUGGAACCUGGCCUCUCUCCUGUGGGUGAGGCUGGCACCUGGCCUCUCCCCUGUGGGUGAGGCUGGAACCUGGCCUCUCUCCUGUGGGUGAGGCUGGCACCUGGCCUCUCUCCUGUGGGUGAGGCUGGCACCUGGCCUCUCCCCUGUGGGUGAGGCUGGCCAGGCCAGACUCUCUGUUCAUCUCUGUAGCUGUGUUGUCUCCCACUCCUAGUCCCUCCAAACAAAUUGGGGUGGAAUCAUUGGAAUUAUUCCGCUAAAAUCACGACAUUUCCUACUUGUCUGAUUUUCAAAUCAUCCUAGUACAGGUGCUGGCCAGGGGCUCACUUCCUGUGUAGAAUGGUAGAAUGUUCCAGUAUGUAUAGACAGCUUCCAGUCCUCUCCACGUUUCGGGCGCAAGAGAGUUAUGACAGUUGAGAUGGGUAGUGGCAGUGUCAUCCCCAUGUCCCUUACCUCAUCUUCAUAUACAUUGGAACUUUUGUACUGUCACACAAGAUUGGAACUCAUUUAGGAAACGUAAUGAAAAAAUUAUUGUUCUAAGACUUUGUUGACGACAGUUUACUGAGACUGGCUAAACCCAAGGUCCUAUGUUUGACUAGAGACUACAAAGAUUAAUUGUUACGAAAUUGAUCUUUAAUUUUAUUUUCAACUGUUAAAUACUACAGUAAUUGUGUACAUAUACUGUAUUUAUCUAAAAACAAAUAUUAUAAAUAUUGGAUUUAAAAUUAUUCAAUCAUUUAUCAAUCAAUGAUUAGAGCAUAAGCAUAAAGAGUUGAAAGAAUUUCUGAAACCAAGUUUGAUAUGAAAUUGAAAGCAGUUAAUUUUAAUGCAGGUCAAGAACGUACUGUAAAGUACAUAUAUCCAGAAUUGUCUUUUUCUUUGUGUAACUAAUUGACAAUCCAACACUUUCAAGAUAUCAUGUUUCAUAGAUACAGGGUUAUAGAAAGGAAUGAUAUGUUAAUAUAAUAAUAAAAUGUUAAUCAUAUCAAGAAAAAAUUACUUCAGUUCAACUAUCGUAUUUGCAGAGAUGGCAAAAGUACACACAUCCUUCACUCAAGUAGACGAACAGAUACUCAUGUUUAAAAAUACUCUGGUAAA